UUCUCUCAAUCCCAAACGACUGGCUAAUCAGCCACAUUUCUCCACGAGUAGCUGAACCCACGCGGCGUCUCCACCAACAGCCUCAAGAAAUGGCGAGGAGAAGAACGUCAAGGUCUAGAAAUUCUUCUUCAACUUCUGCUUCCACCGAAAGCCCUAAGGAACAAACCGACGGGAAAAUGGCGCUGAGAGUAACAACAUCUGAAAAGACGAAGAAAUCCAGAAAGAAGCCCAAAACAUUGGUUUCUAAGAAACAGGCUGCAAAAAUUAACGCAAUGAAGCCAAAAAAACCCCCAACGGCUUUCUUCUACUACUUGGAGGAUUUUCGUAAGGAAUACCAAGAACGGAAUCCAGAUGUCAAGUCAAUGCGCGAUGUUGGCAAGGCCUGCGGGGAGAAGUGGAAGACAAUGACAUAUGAUGAAAAGGUGCAAUACUAUGACAUUGCUACAGAAAAGCGAGCGGAGUUUGAUAGAGCUGUGGCAGAGUUCGAGAAAAGAAAGGAAACUGGGGAUUUUGAUGAGCUCAAGGAUGAUUCGGACUUUGAUGAAUAGAAGUGUACUUUAGCUGGUGGUCUCAACUAUCUAUGUAUCAUCUCUGUACAUUAUUCUCAAGGUUUCUUCUUAUGUAAUGGGCAAAUUGUGAAUUUAUCUGCUGUUGAGCCAAAUAUACUAGUAUUUUGUAUAAAGCUUGCCAUCAAGCAUCCUGUCUUUGUAAACAUUGCAAAAACUGUUGAAUUUGUAUCAGACUUUAGAUGUUUACGUAAACCUUCCUUGUUAACAAGGCAGCCUCUAUUCAUGUAAUAGAUUUGCCGAAUUUGAAAAUACCACGCUUCAAGGAAUAUUUAUUACAUUCUCUUAGUGCUACAAUAAGAAAUUGAGAUGUUCCAUU